CACAACCACAGAGCAUCAUUAUCAAACUGUAAAAGCCUAUUUCAAUAACCUGCAGUUCACGGUGACUCCAACCAAGAACAAAAGUCCAACAAGAAAUCCACAAAGAUCAUCUUCUUCGUCCUCUCAUCAUUUUCAAACAUUAUCUGUCUUUGUUCUCUUGGAAUUGUCAAACUACAUCUCUGUGUGUGUGUAUAUCGUUUAGGUUCAUGCUUUUGCUUCUUCUUGUCGAAACAGGGGAAUCACCGAGAUCAACAUGGGCAACUGUUUGGUUUCUCAGCGUUCUCAUCCCAGCCCCAGCACCGCCCCCACUGCCUCCUCCGCCAUACUAACUCCCACUCCAGGAACAUCUAGUGGGUCCAGUAAUAGUGCCCCUUUCUCGGCCAUGAGCAGCAGUGACGGCCUGAGCACGUUAUCGGCGGUGGCCGAAGAUACUACGUGUGUGGAUGGAGAAAUACUGGACGCGAGGGACUUGAUGGUUUACAGUUUUGAGGAUUUGAAGACUGCAACUCGAAAUUUUAAGCCGGAUAUGGUGUUGGGGGAGGGUGGUUUUGGGACCGUGUUCAAGGGAUGGGUGGAUGCGAGGACCCUUUUACCAUCCAAGUUCGGCUCUGGGAUGAUUGUUGCCAUCAAGAAACUGAGGUCAGAAAGCAUUCAGGGUUUCGAAGAAUGGGAGUCAGAAGUGAGAUUUUUGGGAAGGCUUUCUCAUCCCAACUUGGUUAAGCUGUUGGGGUACUGUUCAGAGGACGAAGAACUGUUACUUGUGUAUGAGUUUAUGCAGAAAGGAAGCUUGGAAAACCAUCUUUUCAGACCAGGCUUCGCCAUUGAACCUCUUUCGUGGGACAUAAGGAUCAAAAUAGCCAUUGGUGCAGCACGAGGCCUUGCCUUUUUGCACAGUUCAGAAAAGGAAGUCAUUUACAGGGACUUUAAAGCAUCUAACAUACUGCUGGAUGGGAACUUCAACGCAAAAAUCUCAGAUUUUGGCUUAGCACAUCUGGGGCCAUCAGCUGGAAACUCACACGUUACAACACGAAUUAUGGGCACUUGUGGUUAUGUUGCACCAGAAUACAUUUCAACAGGUCGGCUAUAUGUGAAGAGCGAUGUGUAUGGCUUCGGGGUUGUGCUGCUGGAGUUGUUGACAGGCUUGCGAGCAUUUGAUAGGCGACGGUCUAGUGACCGGCAUAAUCUGGUUGACUGGACAAAGCCCCUUCUCCACAACAAAAGGAAGCUGAAAUCAAUUAUGGAUCAACGGAUAGAAGGCCAAUAUUCUUGGAAAGCAGCCAUGAAGACGGCUCAACUUACCCUGCAAUGCCUGGAACACCAACCUAGAAAGCGACCCCCAAUGAAGGAAGUUGUCGGGAUCUUGGAACAGAUUGAAGCCAUGAAAGAAAAACCAAAAGAAUCAAAGACGACCUUCUCUACGGCUCAUAGUCAUGGACAUCAUCAACCUAUGCAUCCUGGUUCUCCACUUCACCCGCCUCACCAUGGCCCUGCAAUGAGAGGUGCAAAACCACCAAAUCUGAGCCUGGUUAGCUGAUGAAUUGGAUCAGUAAAUUAUUUUCAUUUCAUUUUUUCCCCAAUUCUUUGGUAGAAAUUUGAUCUGGGCGUUGGCAUUAAGGGGGUGUUUGGCUUACCCUUUAUUAAGAUAGCUUUUAAACAUUUUUACUUAAAAGCUAGUAAAACUUUAAAUUAGCUA